AAAAAACCUUGUUAUCCAAUGCAGCUGUGGUGUGUGAAAUGGGAAAACGGCACCACUGUAAGCCGUGGUUGCGCCGAUGUCGUUUUGUGUCCAGACGAGGAAGAUGGGUGCUUCCCCGAACAUGACAAGGAUGCGACAGUAAAAUGGUGCUGUUGCAAUGAAGAUCUUUGCAAUUCUUCUGCGAGUCCCCACUUAUUAUUUUUCUUGUCGAUGUUUUCAGUGUAUAUGCUGUUUUUGUUAUAA